UUGCGCUGGAUCUGCGUCCUCAUCCCGAGAUGGGUGCGCGCUCCUGAUUGGCCAGGGAAGAAGCGACCCCCCGCGAACGAUAAACGUAAGAGCCGAAGCCUGAGGGGAUCCCACGUCAUUUUUCUGACCGUUUUAUUAGUAUGCUGUACUGCGAGCUAUGAGGAUCGGGCGGGGGACCCGCGGAAAAUCGGUGCCGGCGACCAGGACUAGCGGACUCCGCUGAGUGUGUGCGAGUGUGUGUGUGUAACGUGCCACGCCCGUGGAUUUUGCCGAGUCGGGAUUCUAGGUUUGGAUACCUUUUAUUCCGGUGCACGAGACGGGUGUGCGACGGCAGCGGGGCUUUGUGCAGGUGCGGCGGCGAGGAGAGGAAAAGGGCUGCCGCCAUGGGGUGUACGAUGAGCGCAGAGGAAAGGGCCGCCAUUGAAAAAACCAAGCAAAUCGACAAGAAUCUAAAAGAGGACGGUUUGGUGGCUGCCAAGGAUAUCAAGCUUCUCCUGCUAGGUGCGGGCGAGUCGGGAAAAAGCACCAUCGUCAAACAGAUGAAGAUUAUCCACGAGGAUGGGUUCACCACGGAUGACAUGCAGCAGUUCAAGCCGGUGGUUUACAGCAACACCAUUCAGUCCCUCACGUCCAUUUUACGCGCCAUGGAGGUCCUGAAAGUGGAAUAUGGCGAGCCGGAAAGAGAGCAAGACGCCAAGUUGGUGUUCGAGGUUGUGCAGAGAAUGGAGGACACGGAGCCGUUCUCCCCCGAGCUGCUGACGGCCAUGAAGAGGCUGUGGGCGGACAAAGGCGUGCAGGAGUGCUUCAGUAGGGCCAACGAAUAUCAGCUGAACGACAGCGCCAAAUAUUACCUCGACGACCUGGACCGGCUGGGCGCGGAUGAGUACGAACCCACGGAACAGGACAUCCUGCGGACGAGAGUCAAGACGACGGGCAUUGUAGAAACACAUUUCACCUUUAAAAAUCUAAAUUUCAGAUUAUUCGACGUCGGUGGCCAAAGGUCAGAGCGAAAGAAGUGGAUCCACUGUUUCGAGGACGUGACGGCCAUAAUUUUUGUAGCAGCCCUUAGCGGGUACGACCUAGUACUGCACGAGGACGAAACUACGAACCGAAUGCACGAGAGUCUGAAGCUGUUUGACUCCAUCUGUAACAACAAGUGGUUCACGGAGACGUCCAUCAUCCUCUUCCUCAACAAGAAGGACCUGUUCGAGGAGAAAAUCACCAGGUCGCCCCUGACCAUGGCCUUCCCAGAAUACACCGGGCCCAACACAUACACAGAAGCGGCUGCGUACAUCCAGGCACAGUUCGAGAGUAAAAACAAGAGUCCAAAUAAGGAGAUCUACACCCACAUGACAUGCGCGACGGACACCAGCAACAUCCAGUUCGUCUUCGACGCCGUCACUGACGUCAUCAUCGCCAACAACCUCAGAGGCUGCGGCUUGUACUAACGUCUGUGUCCACGUCAUCACCUCGUGCUCGUGACGUCACCACUCCAUGCUCUCUAUGCAUCAGCACUGGUGCGCAUGUCCCAAAAUGUCCACGUGGUCUCGCACGUGCGAAGUACAGAUGUGAGUGUAAGAGUUGAAUACGAGCCUUUUUCUCCCGGUGCCGUUCAGUCAUUUAAAUAAAAAUGUGCUGAGAAUCUAGAACUGUGCGGAAAUUAGAAGUUAUUAUGACACUUGUGUACUCGUUUCAGAUGGGAACUGUGCAGGGGGGAGGGGGGCUGGUCUCGUCUUCUGUCGUUCAAGUCGAUCAAACCGUGUAUGUACGUCACAGCGAGCGUGUGUUCAGUCAUUUCAGUCCCACAUCUUCUCUUUGUAAGGAAAAUUUAGCAGAUGAAAUGGACAAAAAAUCAACACCUUAACAUUUCUACAUCGUGCGGAAUCCUCAGAUAGAUAUUAUAUGAGUACUUUUGUUAUUACGUGUAAAAUGUUGACACAAUAUUGUCAAAACUGUUAGACGAUGGAGCUAGCUACAGUGCCCGUUAUUUAGAACUUGGCACCAAUGAUAGCGACGAAAUAUUUGCUUUCCUGAUGUCAGUAUGUUGCAAUACCGAUUAUCUAUAGACAACUUGCGUUGCCAACCAACCUACAUAGCAGCCUUCGGUCGGUGUUUUGAUGUGGCCCACAUUUACUGUUCCCACUGAUCACUAUCGUUUCUUGAUGUCUGGUGAGUGAAAAUUUAAAUAAAAAAAGACGAAAAUACUGAAGCGUCAACCAAAAACUGCUAUGGAGGUGUUUUAACAGUUCCAAUACUUUUAUGUGUUAUAUUGUAGGUUUGAUUCCGAACUUUUUCAUCACUUUGCGAAACUGAAUUAUUGUCAAUCGCACCAUUUUCUGGUGCGCAUAUGGAACUAUUGUGUGUGCCAUCUGUGUAACGGCUAGCUACAGAACUUGUUUUGGAACUGCAGUUCCGAGGCACGCCGCAUGGCGACUUAAAGGGACUCUGAGACGAUACACCGAACAGUUUCCAACUACCAUUCGUAGGAGCAAACUGUUGGAAAUACCUUAAUUUAAUUUAUGCUUGAUAAGUCAAAAGUAAUUAGUUAUUAGUAUGUAAAAAAACAAACUGAAUUAUAUCUAAUUUAGACAGUAUUUCAUUCAAAACAUUCAUAAUUCAAAACCAACGACUUUAAUAUCUCAGAAAAACAGCUAUACAAUCAUAAUUAUAAACCAAGUGCAAUCUUUCAUUACCAAUACCUAUGCACACCUGCAUCUUCACGCCAAGUAUUCCUGAUACAAACUAAGUUCUUACUCAUGUUGGUUUUACUUGAGUCGGCUUAGCAGAUACGUCAGAAUACUUCUGAUCCUCAAAAAUUUAACUCACAGUCCCUUGAAGUCGUCGACAGUGUGCCUUCAAGCUUUACUACGCCAAUUAUUAAAUAAUCGCCGUCUCCAAAGAAAAUUUUGUAACAUGAAACCAGUAUUAAUGAGGACUCGCUAUUGCCACGAUCCAAGCUACUGAACCCUUAUGUUGCAUGGAUAUUAGUAUACUUAUUAUUGCAUGGACGUUUCCAGAGAAGAAGAGAAAAAAAAGCUUAUUGCUAUAUGGUGUAUGCUACUAUGUCGCCUGUAAAUACAGUACAUGUUCCGUA